GCGCCGAAGUGCGAAAGGGGAGAAGCAAAGAAGAAAAGAAAGAGAAAAAUCCAUUAUUCAGUCUCUUUCUCCUCCUUCUCUACUAAAAAACACCACCCUUUACAACUUCCUUCAGCUUCUUCAGCUGCAAUUUUAACCCCUCUACUUGCUUCCUCAUUUCCCACUUUCUCUGUGUAAAUUAUUCUUUCAACAAAGUCAAACCAAUGCCCGCUUCUUCUUCAGAUGGUCGAGGCCGAUGGAAGCGGCGGAAGCGAGAGCAAAGAUCGAAGCAUAAGUUGGAAGAAAAGGAUGUGGUUCUAGAGGAAGACGAAGAGGAAGAGAACAACAACGAUGACCUUGAGAUCUCCGGGGACGAUGCCGGCGUACCGACUACGGAUCAAUCUUUGGCGCGUUCCGUCGAGAGUGAGGUCCUGGCCGACGGUGGAGUUCGCAUCUCGGAGUUCCCCUCCGUGGUGAAGAGAACGGUGAACCGUCCUCACGGUUCCGUGAUGGCGAUCGUGGCUUCUGAACGGGCUGGUUUGAUUGGGGAUAGCAAGGGGCAUCAGCAGGUUGAGCUGCCGGUUUUGGAGAAUGUUUCGUACGGCCAGUUACAAGCGGUUUCGACGGAAGCCGCCGAUCCGGAUAAGUAUGUGUUUACCCCUCCUCCUGUAAUGGAGGGACGUGGCGUCGUUAAGAGGUUUGGUAGUAGGAUUCAUGUCCUGCCAAUGCAUUCAGACUGGUUUUUGCCAUCAAGCGUGCAUCAAAUAGAAAGACAAGUUGUGCCACUUUUUUUCUCCGGGAAAUCACCAGAACAUACGCCAGAGAAGUAUAUUGAAUGUAGAAACCAAAUUGUUGGCAAAUACAUGGAUAAACCAGAGAAGAGACAUACACUUUCAGAUUGUCAGGGGUUGAUAAAUGGUAUCAGUAAUGAGGAUUUAACUCGAAUUUUUCGGUUUCUUGAUCACUGGGGAAUUAUCAAUUAUUGUGCAGCUGCUCCAAGUCAUGAGCGAUGGAAAGUUGGAUCCUACUUAAGUGAGGAUUCAAAUGGCGAGGUUCAUGUGCCAUCAGAUGCUUUAAAGUCUAUUGAUAGUUUGAUCAAAUUUGAUAAGCCCAAAUGUAGGCUUAAGGCAGUGGAUGUUUAUUCCCCAUUGUCAUGUCAUGAUAAUGAUGCCUCUGACUUGGACAACAGAAUACGAGAGCGUUUAUCUGAAAAUUAUUGCAGUUCUUGUUCACAGCCUACUCCCACUUCAUAUUAUCUGUCUCAGAAGGAGGUUGAUACGCUUCUUUGCUCUGAUUGCUUCCAUGAUGGGAGAUUUAUUUCUGGUCAUUCAAGUAUAGAUUUUGUUAGGGUAGAGUCAACAAAAGAUUACAGUGACCUAGAUGGAGAAAGUUGGAAUGAUCAGGAAACGCUAUUGCUGCUUGAGGCAAUGGAAAUUUACAAUGACAACUGGAAUGAAAUAGCUGAGCAUGUUCGUACUAAGUCAAAAGCACAAUGCAUACUUCAUUUUUUACGCCUACCCAUGGAUGAGGGCCAAUUGGAAGAUAUGGAAGUCCCUAGCACGCCCAAAUCAGUGAUUGUUUCAAAUGGAGAUGGCAGUGGAAGAUUGCUCUCAAAUAUGAACGGGAGACUACCAGGACCCAGCCUUCAAGACACAGAUUCUGAAAGCAGGCUUCCUUUUACUAAUUCUGGGAAUCCAGUAAUGGCUAUGGUUGCUUUUCUGGCCUCUGCUGUUGGGCCAAGAGUUGCUGCAGCUUGUGCCCAUGCGUCCUUGGCAACUUUGUCUGAAGGUGAAAACUCAGCAAAGCAUCGAUCAUUUGAUCAAAACGAGGCGGAGGUUCAUCCACUACCAGAAGAAAAGGUUAAAUCUGCUGCCAAAGCUGGUCUUGCAGCUGCAUCAAUGAAGGCAAAACUAUUUGCAGAUCAUGAGGAACGUGAAAUUCAAAGAUUGUCAGCUAAUAUCAUAAACCAUCAGUUGAAGAGAUUGGAGCUGAAGCUGAAGCAGUUUACUGAAAUAGAAACCAUACUCGUGAAAGAAUGUGAACAAGUGGAGAAAACAAGGCAAAGGUUUACUGCUGAGAGGGCCCGAAUUGUAGCGACACGGUUUGGAUCUGCCGGAGUCGCUUCACAAAUGAGUCAAAGCGGUGUUGCUUCUCCUAUGGCUAACAAUAACAUCAGCAACAACAGGCAACAGGUAAUAUCAACCUCUCCUUCACAGCCAAGCAUUUCCGGAUAUUGCAACAACCAAUCCGUACAUCCCCAUCCGUCUUUCAUGCAACGUCAACAGAUGUUUUCAGUGGGCCCAAGGUUGCCGCUUACAGCCAUGCAGGCAUCCACUUCGGCUUCUCCGAAUGCUAUGUUUAACCCCCCGGGGAGUAUGCAACCCACUAUUAACCAUCCUCUAAUGAGGUCAGUCUCUCGGACUAGCUCAGGUUAAGGUUGAAAUGGAAAGAUUCGAGUUUGUAAAUUUGGGUUUUAGGGUUGAAUUUCAUUGGCAUUGUUGCUAUGUUUGUGCAUUUAGAACAUAACAGGUAGCCUGGAUUAACAGAAGAAGCCUGCCUAUUGCUGAUUCUAUGCAUAGAAGUUACCUGAACCGAUGUUUAGAGGUUGUAACAUCAUGUAAGUUAAGGUAGCGUUUGGAUUUAAUCAUCAACUAGUCUUAUAUUUUUUUUUCCAACAAUCUGGGCAAAUACCAAAGAAAUACAAAGAUUUGGUGCACAAAACCCUUUACAAUACUCUAUUACCCAUAAUUAUUGUACGCAUGAUGUUAUGCCUAGAAUCAUAUACAAUGAUGGAUGUA